AAGUUGAACAAUCAGGAGGCAAAUCGGUGACAGUGAAGUCGUGUAAAGAUGUGGAGCGCCAUCUUUAUUAUUCUAGUGUUUAAUUGUGCGCUGUGUCGGAGUCAGUUCUUCAAUUGUCACGAUGAUCCAGCGUUUGAACCAGACGAAGGCACGUUAUCUGAUUUACAGUUCACUUGGCUGGGAGCGCUGCAAUACAUCCACGUGAAGAAUGGAACUCCUCACUACUUCAGAGUUCCAAGAGUGGUACUCAUCAGUCGUCAGUUCGCGUUGUCAACAGCGGUGGACGCUGCCCAGAUACCCGAUGGUUACGCUUUGGGCAAUGUAGUGUUCGGCAAUUAUGAAAGAGAUGAAAAAGAAUGUCACCUAACGAUUGACCAGCUCGCGGAUGGUGCUGAGUGCGAACCUGCUAUCCUGCUCAUGCCAAUUGCCGAUGUGCUACUGCAUCCAGAGUACAAGCAUUUUGGAGUGAGGAGUAGCAUCGCCUUGUUGAAGCUAGUAACGCCUGUUAAAUCUGAUUACAUGCUGCCAGCGUGUUUGCCUUUCAAGGAUUUCGUCAUCAACAGGGUGGGGAAGCAAACGACAGAAAAAUUAUACCACGUGGAUUUUGCGAGCGAUGUACCAAGAGAUUUCUUAGAAGAAGAUAAGGAAGUUACUAAAGUCAUGCUGCUGCCGAGGGAGCUGUGUUUUCUUUACGAUAGUCCAGAGAACGCGACAACGAAGGCCAAGGAACGCUUAGCUUGCACCACUGGUUGUGGCUUCCACUCAGGGGCUGCGACUUUGGUUCACGAGCAUACAGGACAUUGGUCUAUUAUUGCUAUUUCGCAAGGUGGAUCGCCAUGUCCAGAUCCACUUCGGACCCGACGUCCGCCGCCUCCGCCAUUACACAUCCUGCUCCAUCCGUACGUGCCCUGGAUAACUUCCGCUAUCACCGGCAAGGCUGUCGGGUCUUUCUCUAAGGACGAUCCUUUUGGAUUUGUUAUGCCUCGGGCAUCCCUCUACGAUAAGAUCGGUCACACUUGGAACGGUCACUGGUGGAUGGGCGGUCUUCGCUGCUUCGAUCGCGGUGAGGCUGCCAAUGACAUCUUCAAGUUUUAUCACGAAAUCUUCCAACUGAAGCCCUCUACUAAGACAUAUAUGACCUACACUUUGGAGAUCGACGCGGCGUAUGACACGAUGAUUAUCUGCGUUAAAGUCGGAAUGCCGUUUAGGAUAGGACAACCUAAAGUCUGGGAGUUAGAUUCGCCGGCUACCAAGGUUCGCAUACCCUUGCUGACAUUUCAGCACCUUUACAAGUUUCAAGUCGAAGCCUGGGCGUAUAAUGCUACAGGGGACUCUAGCAGUGAAUACUCCGAGUCCUCAACGUCUUCUGAAGGAAAAUAAAUCUGAUCAAUAAUUUCAUUAAUCAUUCAAA